AUGAACUUAACUUCUAUUCCUGGCAAUGAAAAAUGUGCUGAUUGUUGUGAGCCAGAUCCUAAAUAUUCAGCUUACAACUUGGGAAUAUUAAUCUGUGAAAAUUGUGCUGCAAUACACAAAACUCUUGGUCCUCACAUAAGUAAAGUAAAAUCGUUGAAUCUUGAAAACUGGGAUGAUAAUACAUUGAAUAGCCUGAGAUCUUUAGGAAAUACAAAAGUUAACAGUAAAUAUGAGGAAAACGUCCCAUUGUUCUACAAAAGGCCACUACCUUCAGAUCCUCAAGUUGUGAAAGAACAAUGGAUUCGCGCAAAAUAUGAAAGAAAGGAGUUUUUUGGGGAUAAAAAAUUGUCCUAUGCUGCAGGGUAUAAAGAAGGGUAUUUGUGGAAAAAGGGUAAGGAUGAUAAGCAUUUUCAGAAACGAAGGUUUAUUUUGGAUACAACUGAAAACACACUGAAAUAUUUUAGGAAAGAAGAGGAUCGUGACCCAAAGGGCUGUUUAAGACUGGAUGGGAUAAACAUGAUGAUAUUGCCUAAAAAGAUUGGUCAUCCAAAUGCAAUGCAAAUAUUAUAUGAGCAGAAUGAGCAAACAAGGAACCUAUUCAUCUACGCCGACGACGGUCAGGAGCUCAUCGAAUGGUAUACAGCGGUUAGAGCAGCAAAAUUAAACAGACUCAAAAUUGCUUACCCAAAUGUUGACGUAGUUAACUUGUCCACAAAAAUUAUGUGGGAGUAUAUAAAAGAGGGCUGGUUGAGCAAAACAGGUCCUAGAUCAGGUGAUGCUUUCAGAAGAAGAUGGGUCACUCUGGACAGUAAAAAAUUGACUUACUAUGAAGACCCCUUUUGUCCUUACCCAAAAGGCGAAGUGUUUAUUGGAAGUCAGGGGUUUGAAGUAGAGAAAAAAUUAAUUAAUUCUGGGGCUUCAAACAGCAAAGAAGUCAAAGACCCUAACAUGGCAUUCAUUGUUAAAGUUCCCGAACGCUGUUUUCAAUUUUUAGCUGAGACUGUCGAGGAUGCAGACGAUUGGGUUGAAAAAAUUAGAACAGUUAUUAUAAGUAAUUAA